GUAAGAAGCGGAUUUAUUUAGAGAGAAACACUCCACGGACAGAGCGUGGACCAUCUCAGAAGUGCAAAGCAAAACUACCUUUGCAGCUGAACAUGACUCUGGUGAAAGGAAGUGGAGCUUUGGCCUGAAGUGGCUCCCCGGGCCUCGGGGACACCUGGCCAGCAGGGAGGACAGUGUGUGACCGCUGCUGAGGGGAGCACAGCAUCCACUGUGAGGGCCCUCGACACGCCCUGCUGCUCAUGCCGGUAGGGCUCUGCCAGGAGGAGGCCGGUGGCAGGACCCUCACGGGGGCCCAGCUGGCACAGCAUGGAGCGCUCGAGAAAGAUGGAGUUCUUCCAGAAGCUGGGCUACGGCCGGGAGGAUGUGGUCAGGGUGCUGGGCAAGCUGGGCGAGGAUGCCCUGGUCAACGACGUGCUGCAGGAGCUGAUCCAGACGGGCAGCCGGCCCAGUGCCCACGAGGGCAGCGCCGCGCCCCUGCUCGUUCCCAGGGGCUCCUGUGGGAACCCCGACUCUGCCCAGCGCGGGCUGAGGGCGGACCCGGAAGAGGACAGAGGAGGCCCAGCCAGUUCCUUGCGACCCAUAGUGAUCGACGGCAGCAACGUGGCAAUGAGUCAUGGAAAUAAAGAAGCCUUCUCUUGCCGGGGAAUCCAGCUGGCUGUGGACUGGUUCAGGGACAGAGGACACACCUACAUCAAAGUUUUUGUCCCCUCCUGGAGGAAAGAACCACCAAGAUCUGAUACCCCGAUUAGAGAGCAGCACGUGCUGGAGGAGCUGGAGAGGCAGGCGGUGCUGGUGUACACGCCGUCCCGCAAGGUGAGCGGCAAGCGCGUGGUCUGCUACGACGACCGCUACAUCGUGAAGGUGGCCUACGAGCAGGACGGGGUCAUCGUCUCCAACGACAACUACCGCGACCUGCAGAGCGAGAACCCCGAGUGGAAGUGGUUCAUCGAGCAGAGGCUGCUCAUGUUCUCCUUCGUCAACGACCGGUUCAUGCCUCCUGAUGACCCCCUGGGCCGUCGGGGACCCACCCUGAGCAACUUCCUGAGCAGGAAGCCAAAGCCCCCAGAGCCGUCCUGGCAACACUGCCCCUAUGGCAAGAAAUGCACCUACGGCAUCAAGUGCAAGUUCUACCACCCGGAGAGGCCGCACCACGCGCAGCUGGCUGUGGCCGAUGAGCUCCGCGCGCAAACGCUGGCCUGGCGGGGCGCGGGCGGCGAGGAGGCGCAGCGGGGGAGCGCGCGGGCGGCCGACGUGGCGACUCUCGGAGGCGUUUUCUCGCGGCUCGUCCUCAGCGACGACCCGGGGCCCCUCUGCGCGCCCCCUCGGGGCCCCGGCAGCGGCCGCGCGCCCAGGCCGCCCUGUCCCGACUGGGGGGCGUCCGGGCCCGCGCCGUCCCCGCCAGUGCCGCCCGGCCUCCAGAGCCCCCGGAGCCCGCCGGGCCUACGGGGCGGAUACCGCCCCAGCGCCCCGCAGAGUGACCAGCGCCCCCCGCGCCGGCAGCCCGCCGACCCGUGGGCCCUUCCUCCAGGGGCCGGCUGGCUCCCGGGCCGCUCGGCCUGGGCGGGAUCGCGCUGGGAUGAAGACGCCCUCGGGGGGGCUUCGGGGUCCGUGCCCCAGGCUGCCGCCCCCGAGGUGGACUCGCGUGCCAGGGCACGCACCGUGCUCUGCAGCACCUUCCCGCCCCACCAGGUGGACAGCGUCAUGGCCCUGUUCCCCGAGCUCUCCGACAUCGCCAGGCUCAUCCUCCUUAUCCAGAGAUUCCAGAGGUCCGGUGCGCCCGUGGGGAAGCCCUGAGAGCUCAUCGAGGCCACCACAUGUGCUGUCCCAGUCUUGCCUUGCGACCCCACCGGGCUGGUGGCCGUGGUCAGCCUGCAUCUGGGCUGGCCCACCCUGUGGAGCCCCCUUUCCUUUAAAGAUGGUCUGUCCCUGGAGGAGGCCAGCUUCCUCACUCUCUGCGGUGCCCACGGUGGCACUUGGUGACCUUCCCUGACCACACAGGGGCUGCUGCUGGAGGUCUGUGUUCUGCAGAAUAAGGUUGCCUUCCAUAGAGGGAGUGGUUUCUCGUGCCUGAAGACUGCAAAGGCCCACUAGGGCUCCAAGGGUUUGUCCAGAACACUCCAGGGCUGUUUUGGUCCAGCUGCAACUGGGAGCCACAAGUGGGUCCCAAGAUCAAUUUAGUGGGUGACACCCGAAAUAGAGUGGAAGAGAGACACACCCCACGUAAUCAGGCUAAGUGGGAAACUCUCCUUUGUUAGCUCCGGGUGUGCCUGUAUGCCCUUGGCAGCCAUGACCAAAAGGUGGAAAACUGGUAAAUGGCCUUGAAUUUCAUUACAUCAGAUCACGCUUGAAAUAGGUAGUCAGUUGGCUGGUGCAGAUGUUGGCAUCAGGAGGUUUUCACAUGAGCUCUGUCUAACCACUUGAGGGGAACCCAGUUCUAGCCUCCACGUGUGGGCUCCACUUGUCACUCUGAGAUUACGUGGCUGUGCUGGUCUGUGGGGGUGUGGCAGGGGCAUCUGGCCGGGGCCCUCACACCCUUCACACACGCACACCACACACACAGGCACACGGCACACACACACACGCCCCUUGACUCAGGGCUAAGCGUCCCUGUUUUCAGCCGUCCAUCACGGCAGUUUCCAGCCCAGGCCCUAUACUGGCCAAGCCUUCUGAGCUACCCCUCACAGCUGAGCCCAAGCCCUGUGAGUCAGGACUUUUGCUCAGAAACCUCUGGGGGGUUGGUCAGAGCUGGGGUGAGCCUCAGUCAUGGAGGUUUCUCGCCACCUUCAACCAUGGCUGUUUCUCCUAGCUAACUACUGCUUUGAAUUUUGGGGGGAAGGGGCCCACUCAUUUGCAAAGGACAAGAGAUGAGACAGUGCUGCCAGGACGCGGGCCUGAGUCCUCCGGGGCCGUGGCAUCUCUGGGUGGCGUCCACCCAUUCACUCAGGGUUAUGAGUCCAGCUCACAGAUCUUGGCUGGUGUGUUCAUGAGGAGAGUGUGAGGUACCUCCCAGUGGAAAACCAGCUCCCAAGCCUCCUGCAGACUGGCAAGCGCUCCCUAUGGGCAUGGCUGGCGCAGCCCAGUGCGCCCCCCGGAGAAUCUGCUCCUGCCCCCUUCAGUGGGGUAAAUAUUUCCUUUGGAGAUACAGAGACCUUGUGUCCCCUGUGAGCCCUUUCACAUUUUUAAACCGGAUUCUUAGUGCGGCUUAGGUCAGAUCUCUUCCUCACCUCUUUUUUUCCCAAAGACAACACCCACAAUUGUAUCUUAAUAUUUUGGGACUGCAGUCCUGAAGAAGACCCACUCUUUCUAGGCAAAUUGGAUUCCCCUCAUGGUGGUGUGGGUUUUUUUUUUUUCUUUUGACAAGACAAGCUUUACGUUAGAGCUGCUUUUGUCUCUUGGGUCUGUGUCCUGACUUGGAAUCGUUGCAUUGCUGAUUUACAGUUAGAAAUGUUUAAACUGCUUCCUUUGAGGACAAGUCUGAGUUUGAGUAAGCUGUAAAGCUAUUUUAUUUGGUGCACUGUGAUUAAGACGAGCACAAAAACAAGUGAAGAAACAGCACAUUUCAAUGUAAUCCCCUUUGGAAUUCUUUCCAAAGUCUUGGUAUGUCUUUGUGACACAAAACAUGAAUGGGAUGGGGGUGAAUGAAAUGUUCCUAGUUGCAUAACUAUUACUGUGCUCCAAAAAUAAAUCACUU